AUGGUUUAUUAUACCGGGACUGGUGCUAUGGAUUCACCAACGUUCGGAAAGUCGCUUUCUUUGAGAGUAGACGGAGGCUUUAAUGCUGUUUCCAUCAGUCCCUGUGGAAGAGACGUCGUUUUGGCGAGUCAACAGGGUUUAUAUGUUAUCGACUUGGAUGAUCCUUUCUCACCUCCAAGGUGGCUUCACCACAUAACUUCAUGGGAAGUGGCCGAUGUUCAAUGGUCUCCGCACCAGGAGAAACCCUAUUGGGUUGUAUCUACUUCGAAUCAAAAAGCACUUGUGUGGAACCUAGCAAGGCAAUCAUCUCGGGCAAUUGAACACGUUUUGCAUGGACACUCGCGUGCCAUUACCGAUAUAAAUUUUCAUCCCGGUGACCCUAACAUUUUGGCGACAUGUUCGAUCGACGCUUAUGUGCACUCGUGGGAUAUGCGGAUGCCUUGGAAACCGUACUAUAGUGCAAGUGCCUGGCGUGCUGGGGCAUCUCAAGUCAAGUGGAGUCAUUUGGAGUCGCAUAUUUUAGCCUCAGCGCAUGCUAACGACGUGUACGUUUGGGAUUUGAGAAAAGGCUGUUCGCCCCUCUUUAAGUUUCAAGGUCAUGGCAGCAGCGUUAACAGCAUUGACUUGAGUAGAUCUCACAGGUCUGAAAUAAUGUCGAGCUCCAAUGAUGGUACGGUGAAAUUCUGGGAUUUCUCAAAAGGUGACAAGCAGGCUAUCAGGACCGUGGAAACCGAAUUUCCCGUCUGGAGAGGGCGGUAUUUACCAUUCGGAGAAGGUUUCUGUAUCAUGCCCAUGGCAGGAGGUAAUAACUCGGUGUAUCUGUCGUCCCUCAAUUUUAAUGCUAAAGAGAGCGCAUCCCAUAAAUUUCAGCCUACAUACGUCUUCAGAGGCCACAGCGAUCGAGUGACGGAUUUCUUAUGGAGAAGCAGACAUUCUACGGACACUGACCUAGACGACAGGGAGUUUCAGCUGGUCACUUGGUCGAAGGAUUGUGAUCUACGUCUGUGGCCGGUGUCAGACGCGGCACUUGAGAAAUUGUCCUUCAAAAAGAAUCAGAAAUUGGACCACAAGCUACCUGAUCCCAAGUAUGUGACAUACCGGCGCGAACCUAAAACUAUAGAAUCUCAGUCGUCACACAUAAAGGGAAUAAAAGGGAAUUUUGUGACCAAGUCGGGCUUGGAGUCGUUGCAAGGCAAAGAUAAAGUCAAUCAUCUCGAUUGGGUUUCUGGAGUCAAGCUACGCCAAAGCACUUCUCAACGAAACUUUUACGAUGAGGAUACGCUGCAGAAUCUGGGCGAAGAAGUAAGCGUUGUUGGGCAUAAAUUUUCGAGAAUUGUCUUCGAAAAAAUCUCAGUUUCAACAGGCAAGCUGGUCAUCACACUUAAUGGUCCCUGGUCGGAUGAGGAUGAAGAUGCCUGUAUUUUUUUGAGGCUGGAGAUUCAAUUUCCUCCUAACUACCCGAAUAAAGGUAGUGCUCCAACCUUUAAGAUCGAAGAGAACAGGGAACUUACUGAGGGAAAGAAAGCAGAAAUUAUGCAAAAUAUUCAUGACAUUGCGAUCAAGUAUACCGAUGUAAACAGAUAUUGUUUGGAACCAUGUUUAAGGUUCGUUCUCGGAGAAAAGGUUGAUCUUGAUCAUUUAGAUGAUGAAGAACAAUUGCUGAACUUAGGUAUCAUUGAUGAGAUAGGUCUCGAAGAAUCCUCCCUAAGCUCUUCGAAUUCCAAAUCCCAGGUCUCGUUGGAGCUGCCAGAUAUGUCCGACAGUGAUAUUUCUGAUGUCGACAGUAAGGUCAGUGGUGGACGGUUUGCCUAUAAUACGAACGGCAGUCUGACACUGGACAGCACGCCUGUUCCGAAGGGUUGUGGUGCUUGCUGGGCUCCUGAUGGCCGACUUGUUUGCUUCUUCAUGAAUAACAAGUCAGACAAAAAGCAGCAGCCCAAUCUUUUCAAGAUCGGCCACCGAGGCCUUACUAAGAGAAGAGAUUCUGACGUUGCAAACAUCACCGAGAUUGGCCAUCAUAACGAAAAUGAUGUUACAGUGAGGCCCAAGAGAUAUGUCGAUACUCUAACGAACUCUCCCAAUAACAAAGCCCUUUCGAUGAGUGCCAUGGAUGACGAUAACAGCUCAGAAAGUAGUUCAGAUAGCUUUGGCGAUGAUUGGGAUGACAUAAUACGGAGGGACAUGACUCUGAGAACAAAGAUUCCCUUAUUGGCUCCAAUAAAUAGUGGCAAAGCAGGAACAGUGUCGGAAUCGGCCAAAAGUCAAGAGUCCUCGAGAAGGUCGAAGAAUAUAGUCAUUAUUCGAGAUUUUGGCGCUUUAAUUCCCGAUAAUAGGGAACUGGCUGAGAAAUACAUGAUCAGCGGCACAACUCCAGAGGAAAUUGCCAAACACAAUGCAAUUGUGGCUGAGAAAGCGGGUCAGGAUGAAAUUUCUCAAUGUUGGAGAAUAGUAGCUGACGUUUUGAUUGCUCACGAGGACGGUAAUACGCUAAAUCCGGGCUGGGAUCAACAUGAACUGGGUGGUCGCUGGUUUGCAAGGGAACUUAUGUCGUACUUUGAAAAAGUACAAAAUUUGCAGAUGCUUGCGAUGUUAAGUUGUAUUUUCACAACGCCUGUGAAGUCAAGCCAGAUUUUGACAGCUCGUCAACGGAAACCAGUCGAAAGUAUCGUUUCCUUUUUUGAGAACCCUGGGAGUGUGAAUGGUAGCCAAGAGUUCUUGGGCCGAAGCGCCACGGGGGGGUUAACCUUAGGAAGCGAUCCAGCAUUGCAAUCUUUGGCCAGAUCCAAUAAUAUAGGUCCAAUUCCCGAAUCGGGCUCCAUCGGAUCAGGGGAUUACUUCGUCAGUCAUCACGACCAUAUGCGAACUCAGAGGUCAAGUACAUCCAGCGUAAUUCCGGCUGUUGCGGCCAAGAAUUACGCCCCAAGUACUCUUCCUACGGUAUCAAUAAAAGUGCUUAACGAUGAGUUUCUGGAUUUGGCCCAUCAAAACGACAAUUGGCUCUUAGAUCCUCGAAAUCAGCAAAAAUAUGACUCGUACCGCCAUCAAUACGGUGAGCUCUUGUUUUACUGGGGACUUCCACUGGCACGCGUUGAAAUACUAAAGAUGAACGAAUCAACAAUGGCGUCGUCCUCGACUUUUCUAAAUGCUUCUAAAUCUGCUUAUGGUUCCGCAACGGUCCCUAGAGAUAUUGCAUUUGGGGUUGUCGAGUGCGACGGUCACUCUUCUAACACGGCUUGCAAUUAUUGUGGUCUCAAAGUAACGAGAAGGGCUUUUAUUUGCGGUAACUGCCAGCACGUUUUACAUGCAAAUUGCGCCACUGAAUGGUGGACAGAGGGGACAGAGUGUCCUUCAGGUUGUGGAUGCGUAUGUUUGGAAAUGUUCGAUGUGGCCUGA